AUGACUCGUCUUUCCUCGCUUCUGGCGUCUGCUGCUCUACUGCUGAGCGCACGUUGCGCUCUUAGUGUCACUUCACAGCUGUUCCAACUGGCCGGAUCGACUGACGGAGCCAACAAUGUAAAGUUCAGCUGGGACCUUAUCGACGGAGCCGCUGCAUACAACAUCCAGCAGAAGGCCGGCUCAGGCUCAUACGCCACCGUUGCAACUGCCCCGGGCAACGGCUAUGAUGUUUAUGGCUUGUCAGGGUCUUCCAGCUUCCAGAUCGAGGCCAUCAACGCCAGCAACAAGACCAUCGACAGGUCCGCGGAGCUCAAUGUUACCGCAACGGCUGGCUCCGGCUCGAACCUGGCCGUCUACGACAACACGGUCGCAUCCUCGCUCAAGGUCAAGAGCAAGCUUAAGGGCUCGGACGGAACGCACUACAGGUACGGUUACGUCACUGACGCCGACGGCUUCAGUCACAUUUCGCAGCAGACAUCCAAGGAUGGCUACACCUUCGAGGGGGACACGCAGGUGCUGACCAAGGCCGAAGUCUGUGCAUCGACCGAGGACGGCAACUGCAAGCUCGAGUCCAUCAACUGGGCGCAGAACCCCAAGGACGGGCGCGUCUUCAUGUGGGCGCACUUUGAGAGGGCCACAGACUACGGCCUCGGACAGGUGGCCGUGGCAUAUGGCACUCCCGGAAAGAACCUGACCUUUGGCGGGGCAUUCCGACCUGGUGGCGACGACUCGCGGGACAUGACUUUCUUCGCCGACGACGACGGCGCCGCAUACAUCGUCUGUGCGAUCAACACGAACACGAACCUCGGCCUGUACGCCCUGACAGCCGACUGGACCAAUGUAACCUCCAAGGUGGCGAACCUGCAGCCCGAGGAGCACCGUGAGGCACCCGCCCUGAUCAAGAACGACGGCUGGUACUACCUGUUCACCUCGACCGCGGCUGGCUGGUACGCGUCCCAGGGCAAGUACAUUGCCGCCCAGAAGCUCAGCGGCCCAUGGUCCGCGUCUCGCAACAUUGGCAACCUCAACACCUUCGGCGCGCAGUCCGGACAGGUGACCAAGAUCGGCGACAACUACAUCGAGGCGGCGAACCGCUGGGCCGCCAACUGGGCACACAAGGAGGCCAGCCACCGCCAGAUCCUGCUGCCCAUCGCCACCAGCGGCGGCGUGGCCUCGUACCACUUCUACCACCAUCUCAACUACGACGACGACAAGGGCGUCGUGGUGCCGGUCCAGAGCGGCCGCAUCCUCAGCGUAGGGCAGCCCGCCAACGCGAGCGUCAACGGCGUCAAUGCCUCGCUCCUCAACGACGGCAUCCAGGACCAAGACGAGAACCUCUUCUCGCCCGGCGCCGCGCCCUUCUGGUGGGAGGUCGACCUCGGCGCCGACUGCGCCGUGACGCAGAUCGACCUGACCCCGAGACAGGUCGGCGGCUCCGAGACGUACAUCCAGUACAAUUUAACGGGCAGCGCAGACGGCAAGACGUGGAAGACGCUCGUGGAUGAGGCCGCCAACCUGUCUCCCGGCUUCAGGAGCCCCGCCGUUUCGGACGCUGGCAGGUUCCGCUACAUCAGGGUUAACGUCCACAACGUCAUCAACGUCCACAAUGACCAGGAGGCUGACUGGGCUGCAGGGCUGCACGAGGUCACGGUCUACGGGGACUAG